AUGUGUGUUAUCGCAGGUCUACAAUACCUCCGAUGGUUUAUUCGUCGUCGGAACGCUCGACCGCUACAAGAAAACCCGAUCAACUACGAUCCGCUUGCUAGGUCGUCUGCGCUCGAAUCUGGGAUGUUCUAUGCCACGAGAGGCGUAAGAGUCGAUACGUUCGCGCUCUGGUCAUCCAGUGUACCAGGUCCUCCCCGGACCUUUCCCAGUCACGAAUCGGAGCUCGACUCUUAUACGUCGAGUUUCUCAGAUGACACCUUGUCACGACAGAGAUCAGGGCGGAUAUUCGCACCCCAGCUUGACCGGAUGUUGCAAGAUGGUAGAAGUGCCUAG